GACUCCUUACUCCAGUGAGGGAUUAUGGCCAUGAAUGUAAGUCAAACAGAGAGGAGGGUAAUUAUAAUGGACAAUUUGAUUUUAAACUCAUUCUAACAGAAAAGGCAACAACAAUUCAAACAGCAGUGAUUAUGGAGUUCAAAAUACUUAAGUCAAAGAAUAAAGAUGAUGAGAAAUUUGAGCAAGAAGAUCUCCAGAAAAUGGCUGUGGAUGGACUUCAGCAGAUAGACAAAAAUCAUGAUACAGGACUUUCUUCUUCAUCUGCUAACAUAAUUGUAAUUUUAAGUGUACACAAUGUCAAAUUGGGGGUUUUGAGACAAAAAAUCAAUAGUGAUAUUAAUGCGUAUAGCUCUCUAGAGCCUUAA